AUGGCGGUGGAGAUGCUACAGGACUGGUGCAGGUGGAUGGGUGUCAGCCCUCAUAGGGGCCUGAUUAUCGGCAUCCCAGAGGACUGCAGUGAAGUUGAAUUCCAAGACUCCCUGAAGGCUGCCAUGUGGCCCAUGGGCCACUUUACUGUGCUGGUCAAAGUAUUUUGUGAGGAGGAUAAUGCCACUGCAGCUCUGGUUGAGCUUGACCAGGAAGUUAACUAUGCUUUGGUCCCAAGGGAAAUUCUAGGCACUGGGGGUCCCUGGAGCAUUGUCUUUGUGCCCUGUUGUUCCAGCAAAGAACUUCUUGGUCAUGUUUUCCACUUCUUGCAGCAAUACGGGCAGACAGUGGACAAUGUACUUGGAGCCCUGGGUCUGGAGCUGAACAGAGUAUGCAGGCUCCAGUCAGGCAGGCAGACAAUCCAGCCCUGGGUAGAGACCUUGUGGUACCAGCCAGCUCCUGGGGAGCAAUACUUUGAGGCCUGGCUAGACCACACCACUGACAUGUUUCAGGUGUGGCAAAGGGUCCAAAAAAGGGAAAAGAGGAGAUGAUUGCUGCGGGCCUUGAGGGGGACUGCCCUGUACCUUGUAUUUGGGCUGCUAGCAGAGAAUCCAGGAAAGACUGCAGACGACUGCCUAGAGGCCCUCACCCGGGUAUUUUGAGACAAUGAGUCUGAGAUCACUAUCCAAAUGAAGUAUUUGACUGCUCAACAGCAGUCAGAUGAGCAGCUCUCUGCCUUUGUGAUGAGGCUACAAGUCCUGCUGCAGAAAGCCUUCCAGAAGGGGGCUCUAGAGAAAACCUCCACUGAUGAUGUCUGCCUGAGACAGGUGCUCACCAGGGCUAACUUGACUGAGACUCUGUAUGAAGUUCUGAGGAUGCUGAGAAUGAUUGGGAGGCCUCCAACUUUCCUGGAGUUGUUGGGGCUCAUACAGGAGUCUGAGGCAUGGGAGGCAAGAAUAGCCGGCAACAUGGGAGCCCAGGUGUUGGAUCAAGUUGCUGAUCUGGCUCCUGCCCAGACUGAUGGCAGAGCCAUUGCUAAGGCAGAAGAUGAAAAUGUGGAGAAGGAGGAAAAUGAGGUGGAGGAACAGGCAGAAGACGAGGUUGAGGAAGAGAUAGACGACCAAAACUCACACCAUGGCCCUGUAGACCUAAGACAGGCAGGACUUGAUGAGACCCCUGGGGCUCCCACCCCAGCUCAGAUGGGCAGUACUCCCAGAGAGUGCCCAGGAGGGCCUGGAUGGGUGCCGGGCAGCCUUGUCUAG